GUAGUGUUUUUGUGUAUGAGCGCGCGCGCGCGCUGUACAAAGAGUGAGCGACACUGGUGAGAACAGGGAAGCAGACGCUCGGCGCGUGGACCCGCCGGAAGAAGAAGAAGAAGCAGCUUUAGCGCGAGCCGCCCGGACCGCCAGAAACACCUGCAUCCCGAACCGCACCAGGACAGCCAGCGGGGCGGAGAGCGGGAGGAGGGGGGCGAGGAGGGGAAGGAAGGAGGAGAGGAGGCGGCACCCGCAGCACUCGUCCUCCGCCGCCUUCGUCUCUACCUCCCAGUCUUGGUUCUCCUCACCCUCUCUACCUCUCUCGGACCGUUUCCUCGUUAAGAUGGCUGACCCCAACAGCGACGGAGAGGCGCCAGAGAGCGCGCGCGGCUUCGCCCGCCAGGGAGCCCUCCGCCAAAAAAACGUGCACGAGGUGAAGAACCACAAGUUCAUCGCGCGCUUCUUCAAGCAGCCCACCUUCUGCAGCCACUGCACGGACUUCAUCUGGGGCUUUGGAAAGCAGGGAUUCCAGUGCCAAGUGUGCUGUUUCGUGGUCCAUAAGCGCUGUCAUGAAUUUGUCACCUUUUCAUGUCCAGGGGCCGACAAAGGACCUGCUUCAGAUGAUCCUCGUAGCAAACACAAGUUCAAGGUCCACACCUACUCAAGCCCCACCUUCUGUGACCACUGCGGCUCCCUCCUCUACGGGCUGAUACACCAGGGCAUGAAAUGUGACCAUUGUAUGAUGAACAUCCACAAGCGAUGUGUUGCCAACGUCCCAAGCCUCUGCGGGACGGAUCACACUGAAAGAAGAGGUCGCCUCCAAAUAACAGCCCAGAUCACUCAGGGCACGCUCACCGUCACUAUCAAAGAGGGCAGAAACCUGGUGCCCAUGGACCCAAAUGGUCUGUCAGAUCCCUACGUCAAGCUCAAGCUGAUUCCUGAUCCCAAGAGUGAAAGCAAGCAGAAGACAAAGACCAUUAAAUGUUGUCUCAACCCCACCUGGAACGAGACAUUCACAUUUAAACUCUGUGAAAAUGACAAAGACCGCCGUCUGUCAGUAGAGGUGUGGGACUGGGAUCUGACCAGCCGGAAUGACUUCAUGGGUUCUCUGUCCUUUGGCAUCUCCGAGCUACAAAAACAAGGGAUUGAUGGAUGGUUCAAGCUGUUGUCUCAAGAAGAAGGAGAAUACUUUAAUGUUCCCGUCCAGCCGGAUGGAGAAGAUGGUAACGAAGAGCUUCGGCAAAAAUUUGAGAGGGCAAAAGUGGGUCCAGGAAAACCCACAGACUCCUCUUCCUCCUCUGUACACAAGUAUGACAGCAAUGGGAAUCAGGACCGUGUCAAGCUCUCAGACUUCACCUUUAUCAUGGUUCUGGGCAAAGGCAGCUUUGGCAAGGUGAUGUUGGCUGAGAGGAAAGGAACAGAUGAGUUGUACGCCAUCAAAGUCCUGAAGAAGGAUGUGGUGAUUCAAGAUGAUGACGUGGAGUGCACCAUGGUGGAGAAGAGGGUCCUCGCUCUGUCGGGGAAACCACCUUUCCUCACCCAGCUGCAUUCCUGUUUUCAAACCACAGAUCGGUUAUAUUUUGUCAUGGAGUAUGUAAAUGGAGGAGACCUCAUGUACCAAAUCCAACAGGUCGGCAAGUUUAAAGAGCCUCAUGCUGUGUUCUAUGCUGCAGAGAUUUCGAUCGGCCUCUUCUUCCUGCACUCCAGAGGCAUUGUGUACAGAGACCUAAAGCUUGAUAAUGUGAUGCUGGACUCUGAGGGUCAUAUAAAGAUUGCAGACUUUGGCAUGUGCAAAGAGAACAUGCUGGAUGGAGUUACCACCAAGACCUUUUGUGGGACACCAGACUACAUUGCCCCAGAGAUUAUCGCCUAUCAACCUUAUGGAAAGUCUGUAGACUGGUGGGCCUUUGGAGUACUUCUUUAUGAAAUGCUUGCUGGACAGCCUCCUUUUGAUGGGGAGGAUGAAGAUGAGCUCUUCCAGUCGAUCAUGGAGCAUCAUGUCUCCUAUCCCAAGUCCAUGUCCAAAGAAGCUGUUGCCAUCUGCAAGGGGCUCAUGACCAAACACCCUGGAAAACGCCUCGGCUGUGGUCCAGAAGGGGAGCGGGACAUCAAAGACCAUGCCUUUUUCCGUUAUAUAGACUGGGAAAAACUAGAGAACAAAAUGGUUCAGCCGCCUUUCAAGCCCAAAGCUUGUGGGCGUGACGCAGAGAACUUUGAUCGCUUUUUCACACGCCACCUCCCAACGCUGACCCCCCCAGAUCAGGAGCUAAUAGCCAACCUGGACCAGGACGAAUUCCAAGGCUUCUCAUUUGUUAACCCCGAGUACUCUAACACAACUCACUGACUGUGCCUCAAAUCCCUGGGCUGCAUCAGAAAUCUCCCACGCUUUACAUUACAAGCAGAGAAAAGAAAAAGUUAUCAUAUCAUGUAUCCAGGCUGCAUCAAAGAGGGUCUUACACAAAGGAACAUUUUAGAAUAUGUGCUUAUUUACUGUCUUUCCAAAAGCCUGCGACAUGAGAUUUAAAAACAAAUAAAAUAGAAAUACCUCUGAAGUGUCCGGGUUUAUAAAAAGCAUGAAUCCUGUUACUCUAAACAUGCUAACUAACAUACUAACUUUUAAUUAUGAUAUGUUAGUUAACAUAUACAAUACACAAGGGAUUCAAAGGUGUUCAUGAAAGUUUAGCAAAGGGAAAAGUUAACAAUUAAACAACUUAUGCAAUUGAAGUAUCCUGUUAAGAUCUCCUUUUGCUAGCUCGCUAGUUUUAUAUGCAAGCAAGUGGGUGAUAAUGCUAACAAGCUACUUAGUGGGAAGCCUAGUUAGCUAGCUACCGCUUAUAGUGUAUUUUGAGUGACAACAAAAGAAAUACUCUCAUAAAUGAACUAAAGAAACAUUUUAUUGGGAAGCAAAAUCUUUAAAGCUCAAUGACUAUUGAUGGCAAAUGCAAGCUGAAGAAGGCAUUAGGAUGCUACUAUAUGACUGGUCAUAAAGCAUAAAGAUUAGCAGGGAGCAGUCUGUAAAGACAAAAAAAAAACAUUUUUAAAUGUAUAAAUCUUUCUAUAAUGCAAUCAGUUCUUCAGAAAAUGUCUUUACUGUCACUUUCAGUUUUUCGCAUCACAAUUGGGGGGUUUAGCUUUAAAAUGCAGCUACAUUUGCUAACAUGAGAAAAACAUGUUCACUUUUGAGGAAUUUAACGUUUCGGUGGAUAAUUGCGGUGCCAAACCAGAGCCUCACUAGCCUCUUUGCAUUUCUGAGAUAGUAAGUUAUGUCACAGUUUAUUCAGAGUUGCUUUCCUGGGUUGGUUUUUCUUUUCCUUUUUGGGGCCCACUUAAAAAAAAGUACACAAUGAAGUUAGGUCACCUGAUGGAUCCAGACAAAGCAGAAAGGUGUCAUGCCUUUGUGGAUUGAAGCCUUGCGAACUUCUAUUAACUUUACACUCUACAGGCUUAAAAUUUGUAACCAACUGAGAUACGACUCUUGACUUUUGGAAAGAUAGCAAAAAGCACAUUUGUCAAAUUUGUCCCAUUAUUAAAACUAAUGGACAUGUGCACAAGUGACAGCAAACAGCCAAAACAACAACAUAUUUCUGUGUCAAGGUGCAAGUAAGGGAUUCCUCUGUUCUCCAGCAGUGACAUUGUUCUGGGUUUUCUGUAGUUAGACAAGUGACUGUUGCUUUUUGCACCAGCUGUAAUGGCUGGAUUUCCACCCUCGGCAGAAAUGUUGCUUGCUUUCAAACACUCCCUGGCUGCUCACAUCAGCAGGUGGAUGUCCAAAACCGUACCUGAACCUACCCGUCUCUGUACUGAUCUGCCUGUAACUGCAUAUGAUGACCCAUUGCUGAUGUUGUUGAGUGUACUAUGAUCCCACGUUGCUAGUUCACGCGGUGAAAGUGAAAAUGGACCAACUUCUGGCUGUAAUUGUUUUACUACAGAUCCGUUUCCCAGUGUUGACCUUGGUUUGUCUAUACGAAGACAUUUUCUUUUCAUUGUUGUGGUGAGGUUUUCUGCAUUUUUCUAGUAUAUAAUCUUUACACAUGAAGUCCACAGGAGUUACAUGUCUUCAUCCUCUUAUUCCUUUUUUUUUUCUUUUAUAAUGUUCAUUACAUUUCUUUUGAUCCAACCCAGAAAACCUUUUCCACAUUCCACUGGAUUUUUACUGAUGUAAAUAUUUCUUUGCUGGGAAGCUGGUUCACACACACGAGUCUUGUAAAAGCUGGCAGGUCAUUGGCUCACAAAGCUCUCCUGAAGUGCCAAACAAAGGUUCACAAUGCUGAGGUUGUAGAAAAGAAUUGCUCUCUACUCAACACUGUAGGGGAGUAUUUGUGCCAUUUUUUUUAAAUACAUGUGACUAUCAUGAUAUGCAUUAUAGCCUGUUCAGCAGUACUGUUUGAAAGUAACGUUCAUGUUUCAGGUGACUUGUCUGACUUUUGUUCUACUUUUGUAACUGUGUAACAAUGCAAGAAAGUGACAAUGUGACUAAUGUUCUGUGAGCUUGUAUCCCUGAGUGAGGAGGCUGAAAUUGGACUUAAUGUUCAAAGGACAGCGAUUCUUCCAGGUGAAAGAAGUUAGCACUUUCUCAGUAAUGGUAUUAGGUACAGUAUACAUUUUGGAUGAGUUGCUCCUGAGUGGAAAGAGGCUUCUGUGGAUUGUGUAUUUGUCCUGUAUGACUGGAAAUUGAUAAUUAUACUUGCUGGUGCUUGCCACACUA